GGCGCGGGGAGGGUCUUGCGGCGCCGCGCCGCCGGCAGUCCGCGGUGAGGGCGGGUGGGAGCCGCAGAGCGGAACGGAACGGAACCGGAGUGAGGCCCUGACACCGGGCCGGGCCCGCCCCACCCUGCAGUGAGGCUUGCCGCCAUCUUUUCCCUCACGCCCCGUUGGUGCUGCGCGAACGGCCCGCUGGGUUCCUCAGGCUGCCAUCAUGACGGCUGAAGAAACAGUAAAUGUUAAAGAAGCUGAAAUAAUAAAACUAAUACUAGAUUUUCUGAACUCAAGGAAACUUCAUAUCAGCAUGCUGGCACUUGAGAAAGAAAGUGGGGUCAUUAAUGGCUUGUUUUCAGAUGACAUGCUUUUUCUAAGGCAGUUGAUUCUUGAUGGUCAGUGGGACGAGGUUCUUCAAUUUAUUCAGCCUCUUGAAUGUAUGGAAAAAUUCGACAAGAAAAGAUUUCGUUACAUCAUAAUGAAGCAGAAGUUUUUGGAAGCCUUAUGUGUAAACAAUGCGAUGUCAGCAGAAGAUGAGCCUCAGCAUCUGGAAUUUACAAUGCGAGAGGCUGUACAGUGCCUACAUGCGUUGGAAGAAUAUUGUCCCUCUAAGGAAGACUACAGUAAACUCUGCUUGCUACUGACCCUGCCUCGCUUGACCAACCACGCAGAAUUCAAGGACUGGAAUCCCAGCACAGCACGGGUUCACUGCUUUGAAGAAGCCUGCAUCAUGGUGGCAGAGUUUAUUCCUGCUGAUAGGAAACUGAGCGAGGCUGGUUUCAAAGCAAGUAACAAUCGUUUAUUUCAGCUUGUAAUGAAGGGAUUGCUUUAUGAAUGUUGUGUGGAAUUCUGUCAGAGUAAAGCAACAGGAGAAGAAAUCACAGAAAGUGAAGUGUUGCUGGGCAUUGAUCUCUUGUGUGGUAAUGGGUGUGAUGACUUGGACCUUAGCUUAUUAUCAUGGCUUCAGAAUCUGCCAGCAACUGUUUUUUCUUGCGCUUUUGAACAGAAGAUGCUUAAUAUUCAUGUUGAUAAACUCCUCAAGCCUACAAAAGCUGCCUAUGCUGAUCUUCUGACACCUCUUAUCAGCAAACUUUCUCCAUACCCAUCAUCCCCAAUGAGACGGCCUCAGUCAGCAGACGCUUACAUGACCCGUUCCUUAAACCCUGCCUUAGAUGGGCUGUCAUGUGGAUUAACAAGUCAUGAUAAGCGAGUCACAGACCUUGGGACCAAAACUUCUCCAAUGUCGCACUCCUUUGCUAAUUUCCACUACCCAGGAGUACAGAAUCUCAGCCGAAGUCUCAUGCUUGAGAAUACAGAAUGUCACAGCAUUUUUGAGGAGUCACCUGAGCGCGAUACUCCUGUGGAACAACAGCAUCCCAUCGGCAGUGAGACUUCGUGCCAGAGUUCAGUUCCAGAAAAUGAACCACUUAAUGGAGCACAGAGUCAGGGAUCAGCCAAACAAGAGAAAAAUGAGGUACUUCGUGAUUCGACAGAGCAGUUUCAGGAAUACUACAGACAAAGGCUACGUUACCAGCAGCAUUUAGAACAGAAGGAGCAGCAACGACAGCUGUACCAGCAAAUGUUGUUGGAAGGAGGUGUAAAUCAAGAAGAUGGAGCUGACCAGCAACAGAACCUUACUGAACAAUUUCUUAACAGGUCUAUCCAGAAACUAGGAGAAUUAAAUAUAGGUAUGGACAAUCUUGGAAAUGAUGUACAAACACUUAGCCAGCAAUGUAAUGGGAGCAAAGGGAAUGCAUCUACCCAUCCAGCAAGUAACUUCACAACGCCACCUUCAGAUGGUAGUCCCAGGACAACUGGUAGCCAAAAUGUUAGUACAAGCACUCCUCGGAAGUGUGGAGCAGCUAACCAGAUACCCUUUCCUGAAGAGUCACCUGUUCAGGGGAGUCAGACCGUAUCAGAACAUGCUGCCACUCAGCCCCAUUUGGAAGACUCUUCAGGGAAUUUAACAAGGACAAGAGGAGAUGAGGAUGACAAAUCAAAAAAGCAGUUCAUUUGCAUUAAUACUCUAGAAGACACGCAAGCUGUCAGAGCUGUAGCCUUUCAUCCCAGUGGGAGUUUAUAUGCUGUUGGCUCCAACUCGAAAACUUUGAGAGUUUGUGCCUAUCCAGAAGUAAUUGACCCAAGUGCUUACAACACUCCUAAACAACCUGUAGUUCGCUUCAAAAGGAACAAGCAUCAUAAAGGAUCAAUCUACUGUGUAGCCUGGAGUCCCUGUGGACAGCUGCUAGCUACUGGUUCUAAUGAUAAAUAUGUGAAAGUACUGCCUUUUAAUGCAGAAACCUGUAAUGCAACAGGACCAGAUUUGGAGUUCAGCAUGCAUGAUGGGACAAUCAGAGACCUUGCUUUUAUGGAAGGCCCAGAAAGCGGUGGUGCUAUUUUAAUAAGUGCUGGAGCAGGAGACUGUAAUAUUUACACAACAGACUGUCAGCGAGGACAGGGCCUACAUGCUCUAAGUGGCCACACUGGUCAUAUUUUAGCACUUUAUACGUGGAGCGGCUGGAUGAUUGCAUCUGGAUCCCAAGAUAAGACUGUAAGAUUCUGGGAUCUGAGAGUGCCAAGCUGUGUUCGUGUUGUGGGAACAACAUUUCAUGGAACAGGAAGCGCUGUAGCCUCAGUAGCAGUUGAUCCCAGUGGCCGUCUCCUGGCUACGGGGCAGGAGGACUCCAGCUGCAUGCUGUAUGAUAUUCGUGGAGGACGGAUGGUGCAGAGCUACCACCCGCACACCAGCGAUGUCCGGUCUGUUCGCUUCUCCCCGGGGGCACACUACCUGCUCACAGGAUCGUAUGAUAUGAAAAUAAAGGUGACAGACUUGCAAGGAGACCUCACGAAGCAGCUUCCUCUGAUGGUGGUAGGAGAGCACAAGGACAAAGUUAUUCAGUGCAGGUGGCAUACGCAAGAUCUCUCUUUCUUGUCAUCCUCUGCAGACAGAACUGUAACCCUUUGGACCUACAAUGGCUAGAGUGCAAAGGCAACCUAUGCAGCUAAAGCACAGAGACCUGAGACUACAGAACUGUAAAAACCAAGUAAUAAUAAUUAGGCACUGGGAGAGCAGCAGUUGAGCAGGAGAGUGUCUUACCGAGAGGAGGGGUGCUUGUCACAGAUUUCUCUGGUUUCUAGGAGGUCUUGGUGUUUUUUGUAUAUUCUUUUGCAGUGCUUUCAGUCUUCCAUGUGAACUCAUGCUGCUGUGACCUAUUGUAGUCUUGUUGCCAAAGUCUAUGAGGAGAACUCUUCCGUUGUUGAUGUGCACUCUAACCUGAAUGAUGUGUUUACAGUUUGGUAUUAAUUGCAUUCCUUGGUCUUUGCCUCAAUGAGAGUUUUAUAUAGAAACUGACGUUGGACAACACUUAAGUCUGUAUGUAACUAGUUACACACACACACACACACACGUAAAACAUGAAUUACUACCACUGUUUUUUCAGAUCUGUUAUAUUCAGCACUCCUCAAGAUUCAAACCUUGUAACAUCUCCACAACUUCAACGUUUUUAGUGAUGAAUUCUGAACUUCAACAGUGACUAGGCAGUAACUGCAUCUUGAUGACGGUCUGGUACAUAGUGUGGGGGUUUACUUUCUUUUCGUCUAGACUGGGGGAAAUGUUGCUGUUUUUACUACAUGACAUUGUUCUGAGCAAGCUAACAUGUUGGGAAAAGUAAAAUAUCAAUUUUGGGGUUUUCCUAUUUGUUUCUUUAGAAACAUAUAUUUUACUUUUUGAAUGCAACAGAAUACCUCUGUGUAUAAUGUACUGUAGAAAAGAGUGAAUUGGCAGCAGUUGUCACAGUGAGCUUAAUGGCUAUCAGUUUUUCAAGUAAAAGGGAUACCAUUAAUGCUAUAAUAGAAACCAGCAUGGCUUAAAAUGCUAUGUCUGCAUGAUAAUUUAAGACUUGUUUAAAUUCCCAGUUCAGAAGCUUAUCUGAAUUUUAUUUCUUGCACUGUUUAUGUAUGGGAAAUGGCGGUUUUAUUUCUACAAAACUUUAGAUUCUAAUGUUUGUUUUGUUAUAUUUUCAUAUUGUACAGUUCCUUUUAAAAAUAUAAACUUCAACCUUAGGUUAUUUAUUUAUUUGAACUGCAGUUAAGUUUUGGGUUCUCUUGGUUACUAAGUUAUAUGUGCACUGUAGCAAGCAUUUUUAACUAUCGUAUAAAAGUGGAAAGGUAACUAUAGAAGUGUAUCUGUGCUAUAAUCUCAAUAAAGACCUCCAACACCUGCA